GAAGUUUUUGACCAAUGUAUUAAAUAUGAGCUCCUUUUAAUCUUAGGACUGCGUAAAUGCAGAGGUUUUUCCAUUCAACUGGUUUUCCAAUGUAGGCCGUCUCCUUUUCAAGACUCUGUUACAACCAUUGAAAACGUGUAGCCAACAUUCUUCUUACCUACCUCUCCACCAUUUCUACAUCUUUUUUCUCCUCAGUUUCCCAAGAAUUUUUAUUCAUUUUGACCGUUCUUAACUGAGACAAAUUUCAUAGAAAAAAUUCAAGAAACUAAAUAAGACAACAUAGGACACUGUCUUAUCUUUGUGUCACAUUAGUCUGAUGUGUCUGAAUUUGUAUGCUCAUUUUUCACCACAUUGGGAGUGGUACUACACUGAAACAUCAUGGCUUUGAAAACUGUGCCAAUUUGGGCCUGUGGUACCAAUCAGCAGCAUUGUUGUACUUACCCUAAAUCUUUGAAAUUGGGUUUUCCAGAUUAUGGGUCUAGGCUUUCUGGGUCAAAUUUCUUGAAUUUCAGGCCCUUUAGGAAAUGGGAAUGUUUGGUUUUGUUGAGUGAGAGAGCAAUCACUCCUGUGGAAGAUGAGGAGCCAUUAACUUCUCCUGCUGGUGCUGAAGACACACAGAUCACUCACUCCAAAAGAUUUCACAGGGAUUUACAAUCUUUACCAAAACCCUUAUCUGCAACUGGUCCUUCCUUUGGUCAGGGUGAUGGUUCAAAGGUCCGAGUUGCCUAUCAGGGAAUUCCAGGUGCAUAUAGUGAGGCAGCUGCACUUAAAGCAUACCCGAAAUGUGAAACUGUACCAUGUGACCAGUUUGAGGCUGCAUUUAAGGCAGUUGAGUUGUGGUUAGUAGACAAAGCUGUACUCCCAAUUGAAAACUCAGUUGGUGGGAGCAUCCACCGUAACUACGAUCUACUCCUUCGGCAUAGGCUGCAUAUUGUGGGAGAAGUGCAGUUGGUUGUUAACCACUGCCUUUUGGGGUUGCCAGGAGUCAGGAAAGAGGAACUAAAGCGCGUCGUGAGCCACCCUCAGGCACUUGAACAAUGCAACAUUACGUUAAAUAAGUUAGGUGUUACAAGGGUCAAUGGUGAUGAUACUGCCAGUGCUGCUCAGAUUGUGGCAUCUGAAGGGACGAGAGAUACUGGAGCAGUUGCAAGUGCUCGAGCUGCAGAGAUUUAUGGGCUUAGCAUUCUUGCAGAAAGAAUUCAGGAUGAUCAAGAUAAUAUAACUAGAUUUCUGAUACUAGCAAGGGAGCCCAUAAUUCCAGGAACUGAUAGGCCAUAUAAGACUAGCAUUGUCUUCACUCUGGAAGAAGGGCCUGGAGUUCUAUUCAAGGCCUUAGCGGUUUUUGCUCUGCGAGAGAUCAAUUUAACGAAGAUUGAGAGCCGGCCUCAAAAGAAGCGCCCAUUAAGGGUAGUAGAUGACUCCAAUAAAGGAAGUGCCAAGUACUUUGACUACCUCUUUUACAUUGACUUUGAAGCAUCGAUGGCAGAACCUCGUGCUCAAUAUGCUCUUGGUCAUCUUCAGGAAUUUGCGAGAUUCAUUCGAGUUCUUGGCUGCUAUCCCAUGGACACAGCUCUAUGAUUGCUUACCUUCCAAAAGUAUGUUAUAUUGGGAGAUUCAACUUGCGAAGGAGUUUCCCAACUUCAAAAUGUUGAAUGUGUAUUAUCUGGUGGGAACUACCAAUCCCAUGGUUGUGCCUGCCCCGUGCUCUCGUAUUCUUUACAUCCCGCCCACCCCCUAUUUUUCUAGGCUAGUUGUCUGCAAGAAAAUCUCAGGUGCAAUUUAUCAUUGCUUCACCUAUAGCUUUUGUCUGAUGAUCAAAUUGUAGGUCGUAGUGAUUCAAAUGUCCAAAAAAAUUGAUUGUUUAUCUACCUCAUUUGGAACUUCCCCCUCUGCUGAGGAAAAGGAUGCACUUGCUAAAUGUACCCAGAGACGAGAUUCCAGUGCGCGGUGUUUUAUACAUCUUUUUAACUUCAAUCCUUAUAGUUAUCAAACACCCAUAUUAUGUCUUAA